ACUGUCCCGACGCAAGACGCGGUACAUUUGGGCCAAUGCCAAUGGUUUGUUGCGGAAAAAAUGAAAGGCAUUGGUGGAACAAAUGAUAUCCGCCGAUGCAUCGUCAAGAGGCAGAGAUUCGGCUGUCGCUUGGAUCCAUUGAGCAGCGGGUCGUUGUUUUCGUUUGGCUCGUUCUAGCAUUUCCGGACACGGCUCCACGCCCACAAACCGUACAGACGUGUCUUCUUCUUCUUCUUGUAGGGAUUGCAGUCGUUUGACAAACUCUCCCGUUCCACAGGCAACAUCUACCACCGUAAUCGGUUUCUUGCUGUUGCUCUCAUCAUUCUCUUGCUGUUUUCUCGUCCUGUCCAAGAUAAAGGACGAAACCAGUCGCAGAGGCCACACAAACGUCUUGUUCAGAUAAUCGGCCCAAAAGGAAUCGUACCAAGAGGCCAUGGCGGAAUAUUCCACUUGCAGAGCUUCCAAGGCAACCUCGUUGUUGUCGUCGGCCUUCAAUUCCAUCGCUUCAGAGUCGUUUGUUGUCAUGAUCUUCUAUUAUUGUGGAGGAGGGAACUGGCCAGCUGCUAUGAAAUGGGGUUGUCUGGGUUUGGGUUGCCACUGGGGAGGAGCUCGACAUACUGGUACGAUAGAAGACUUGUAUCCCCACAGCCAUCCAGGCUUGACAUUGGCAUCUCUCAAACGAGCGAAAACACGAGUGCGAACACGGUAACACGGUGCUUCGGAUUUUUCCGAAGGCUAAGCAUUUUUUUUUGAAAAUUUCUCCGCUCUGUGAAAGAUUCUCCGUACUGUAGAUGCGGAUCUUUUCGAUUCUCGACAGUGAAGAUUGAUGGCGAUGAUGGCCGACAAGACGAUACUGUACCAAGCAAGUAUCCUAUACGGCAGCACCAUACUAUGUUCCUCCUUCGGCGUUGGCUGUCAUUCACUGUCCUGCCCACAGUCCUCCUCUUCCUGGUGCUGAAAUCGAACUUGAAUGCUGUGGAGAGCCGUGAGCCAGAUACACCAGAGGGAACCUGCACUACUUCUGGCGUAUGUGACACCAUCAAAACUGUCUUGGUGACAGGCAGUAAUGGAUUUGUGGCAUCUUGGAUUGUCAAGGUAUUGUUGGAACAAGGAUACUCAGUCCAUGCAGCUGUCCGUAAUGAAGCAAUACCUGACAAAGUCAACCAUCUCAAACAAUUGACGGCAGAGACCAGUCGCCUUAAAAUAUUUUCUACGGGAGACUUGGGAAGUACCCCGGAUGACAUUUGGGAUGCCCCUCUGAAAGGUUGUCAUGCUGUGAUUCAUGCUUCCAUGGCAAUGGGAUGGCGUGAUGGUCGUCAUAAAAUGUACGAGCCAACAUUGGCAGGUACACGACAAUUGUUGCAGGCAAUUGAACGACACACCGACUCAAUCCAAACGCUCAUUCUGACAUCCUCCACAGCAGCCGUGGCUACUCAAGAUGGCAAUGCUAUUACGGAUGAGUCACAUUGGCGCAAUGCCCAAGAGGAUAUAGAGCAGGAAUCUUGGUACAGUGCCACCAAAAUUGCCCAAGAACAAAUGGUCACCGAAUGGGCCCAAACCCAAAAGAAAGCUGGAAUUCUGCCGCCACAGUUUCAAUUUGUGUCCAUUGUGCCCACACGAGUUCUGGGUCCUCCCAUUGUAUCCACACUACCCAUUUCCGGUUGGAUACAAAUACUUCGCGAUUGGUUGUUGCAUCCACCUGCAGAAAGCAAUGAUACCAUCGAGUUCGUACAUGUCCAGGAUGUAGCCCGCAUGCACAUUGCUGCCUUGGAACAUCCAGAGGCAUAUGGACGAUAUUUGUGCGUGGACGAAUCCUGGCAUUGGAAUGAACUGUUGGAGUAUCUACAGCAACUCCAGCCCAAAAUGAUAAUCAAGCCAUACAAGGGAGACGAUGACAAGGUCCCUCCAAAACAGUUCAGCAAGGAACGACGCAACACUUUGGAUGUAGCAUUUCGGUCGAUGAAAACCAUGCUAAAAGACGCUGUGGAAUAUUUGGAGGCUGGUGAUGAGUUGGGUGGAUUAUCUACAAUUAAAUUCUAAAAUGAUUUUGAAUAUGCCCAGGAUUUGCGGCCUGACAACAAAACGAUGGUGGCUACGGUAGCUCGCCAGAACUCAAGAUGGAUGUCCUUCAGCUUGCAGACAACCUUUUCAGCUUCGUGGCCACAUUGGAAGAUUGAUUGGGUUGAAUUGAACGAUUCCAAGCUGUGGGUAGAAUCGAAUCCUUCAUUCAAUCCUACUAAUCAGACAAUUCUUUGCUUUACCAU